AUGGCUUACCGCGGCGGCGGGCCUAACGACUACGAAGGUCACGAUUUGCAGGACCUUCCACCCGGGAGCGGCAACGGCAGCAGGUAUCACUUGCCUCCUCAGGACGAAGGUGUUGAUGAUGUUGGCCAAUCCCUCCUCCGCGACCCUCAUGCCCGCGGCACUUCCCCCUACGAACACCAUCUCGGUGCCCAAGAACCACCAGCCCGUCCGGUCUCGGCCUACAGCUUGACAGAAUCGUACGCUCCAGGUGCUGGCUCGCGAACUCCUGCCCCUCCCCCCGACAAUUUUGGCGUUGGCACGGGCUACAGCCAAGAGCUUGACCCUCAGAACGGUGGCUUCGGCUAUGGCCGGCCCGCCUCGACCGUUGAUACGGACGAGAGCUGGGUCCGCCGUCAGCAGCCUGGUGCCCAGACCGGCGGUCUCAAACGCUACGCAACCAGGAAGAUCAAGCUUCAGCAGGGUUCCGUCCUCAGCAUUGACUAUCCCGUUCCCAGUGCUAUCAAGAAUGCCGUGCAGCCAAAAUACCGCGAUGUCGAGGGCGGCAGCGAGGAGUUCAUGAAGAUGCGCUACACUGCCGCGACCUGUGAUCCUAACGACUUCACACUGAAGAACGGUUACGAUCUGCGGCCCCGCAUGUACAACCGACACACCGAGGUCCUCAUCGCUAUCACGUACUACAAUGAAGACAAAAACCUGCUGUCUAGAACGCUGCAUGGUGUGAUGCAGAACAUUCGAGACAUUGUCAACCUGAAAAAGUCAACAUUCUGGAAUAAGGGUGGCCCUGCCUGGCAGAAGAUUGUCGUCUGUCUUGUUUUCGACGGUAUCGAGAAGGCUGACAAGAAUGUUCUCGAUGUGCUUGCCACGGUCGGUAUCUACCAAGACGGAGUCGUCAAGAAGGACGUUGACGGCAAGGAGACCAUCGCGCAUAUCUUUGAGUACACCAGUCAGCUCUCGGUUACUCCGAACCAGCAGCUCAUCCGCCCCGUCGACGAUGGCCCCUCGACUCUUCCCCCGGUCCAGUUCAUCUUCUGUCUCAAGGGCAAGAACAGCAAGAAGAUCAACUCGCACAGAUGGCUCUUCAAUGCCUUUGGUCGCAUUCUGAACCCUGAGAUCUGCAUCCUGCUCGAUGCCGGUACUAAGCCCAGUCCGCGUUCGCUUCUCGCGCUGUGGGAGGGAUUCUACAACGACAAAGAUCUUGGCGGUGCCUGUGGUGAGAUUCACGCUAUGUUGGGCAAGGGCGGCAAGAAGCUGCUGAACCCUCUGGUUGCCGUCCAGAACUUUGAGUACAAGAUUUCCAACAUUCUGGACAAGCCUCUCGAGAGCUCUUUCGGCUACGUUUCUGUCUUGCCUGGUGCGUUCUCUGCCUAUCGUUUCCGAGCCAUUAUGGGUCGGCCCUUGGAGCAGUAUUUCCACGGCGAUCACACUCUGUCCAAGAUUCUUGGAAAGAAGGGCAUCGACGGCAUGAACAUUUUCAAGAAGAACAUGUUCUUGGCUGAGGAUCGAAUUCUCUGCUUCGAGCUCGUCGCCAAGGCAGGCCAGAAAUGGCAUUUGAGCUACAUCAAGGCUGCCAAGGGCGAGACCGACGUUCCCGAGGGCGCCGCUGAAUUCAUCAGCCAGCGUCGUCGUUGGCUCAACGGUUCAUUCGCCGCCUCUCUUUACUCCCUGAUGCACUUUGGGCGUAUGUACAAGAGCGGUCACAACCUCAUCCGCAUGUUCUUCUUCCACAUCCAGCUCAUCUACAACAUCCUGAACGUAAUCUUCACCUGGUUCAGUUUGGCCUCGUAUUACCUGACCACGUCUAUCAUCAUGAACCUUGUCGGCACACCGACGGAGGCGUCUACAGACUCAGCGGCACACACUGCCUGGCCCUUCGGCGACAGCGCAACGCCCAUCAUCAACUCUAUUCUCCAAUAUCUUUACCUGGCUUUCCUCGUUAUCCAGUUUGUUCUGGCUCUGGGUAACCGUCCCAAGGGUUCCAAGUUUACCUACAUUGCAUCAUUCGUUGUCUUCGGUUUCAUCCAGACCUACAUCCUGGUGCUUUCGGGAUACCUUGUUGCCAGAGCCUUCAACACUCCUAUUGGCGAUCAAAUCAGUCUCGAGUCCGGUAAGGCUUUUGUCGACAGUUUCUUCGGAGGCGACAACGCGGCUGGUGUUAUUCUUGUCGCCCUUGUCACGAUUUACGGCCUCAACUUUAUUGCCUCGUUCAUGUACCUCGACCCCUGGCAUAUGUUCCACUCGUUCCCCUAUUACCUGGUUCUGAUGUCGACGUACAUCAACAUUCUCAUGGUGUACGCAUUCAACAACUGGCAUGACGUGUCUUGGGGUACCAAGGGAUCAGACAAGGCCGAGGCUCUGCCUUCUGCUCACAUCAGCAAGGGUGAGAAGGGCGAGGAGGCAGUUGUUGAGGAAAUCGACAAGCCGCAGGAGGAUAUCGACAGCCAAUUUGAGCAGACUGUGCGCCGUGCCCUUGAGCCUUUCAAGGAGGUCGAGGAGGUUGAAAAGCGGGAUGUCGAGGACUCUUACAAGUCUUUCCGUACCGGUUUGGUCGUUUCUUGGCUCUUCUCCAACGCGGCUCUCAUUGUCUUCAUCACUACUGACGACUUCAACGCUUUUGGUUUCUCCAACGACCCCAAUGGACGUUCCGCGGCCUUCUUCUCCUUCCUGCUGUACUCCACGGCUGUGCUGGCGCUGGUUCGUUUCACCGGUUUCCUCUGGUUCUUGGGCAAGACCGGCAUCAUGUGCUGCAUUGCCAGGCGGUAA